AUGUCUGCCAUCAUCAACAAGGCCACUGGCCUCGUCAACACCGCCGUGGCCAAGUCCACACAACUCGCAAACUGUGCCGUGUACUGGGGAAAGGUCGGCGCCGAGAUCGGCAAGACCGUGUACAAGGCCGAGGGCUUGGCCCCACCUUCGCUGGCCCAGUUCAAGCAGGCCUACGAGGCGUCCUUGCAGUUCCUCAAGACGCCUGCGCAACAAAAGGCUUUGCAGCAAAAAGUCAUGUCGUUGCCAAUGAACAAGGACACCUUGACCAAGGCUGCCGUUUACGGUAUCCACGGCUUGGCCUUCUUCUCCGUCGGUGAGAUCAUCGGCAGAAGAAACUUCUUUGGCUACCCGGCUCUUGGCCACGCUGAGCAUCACUAG